UGUGUAGGGGGGGCUGGCCGCUGCACACAAAUACCAAAAUAGGAUCUGAGCUGCCAGCGACCGUCCUGCAGCAGCUAAAUUGAGGGUCGUUUGUUUUUGUAAGAGACGAGGACACACAGGCGAGUGUCCGUGUGGAACAGCACCUAUUAUCCAUGGCUACGAGAUGAGAGACACCAUGAUGUCACACAAAGAAAGCAACAUUUACACAUACGACUUCUGUGACGCCGAACAUCCAGCCCAGGUCCUCGACACUCUCAGGCAUUUCUACAUCAGCGGCCUGUUCACUGACAUUUCCCUCCAAUGCGAUGAUUCGGGACAGGUGUUCCACUGCCACAAAGCACUGCUGUCGGCUCGCAGCUCCUAUUUUAAAGUCAUGUUCACAGCUGAUAUGAGGGAGAAGUCAAACAACAGCAUCACAUUAACAGGGGUGGACUGUGAGGUGCUGGGUGCUCUGGUGAACUACGUGUACACAGCUCAGCUGUGCAUCACCGAGAGCAAUGUGCAGAGCCUGCUGGAGGCCGCAGACCUCCUGCAGUUCAUCUCCGUCAAGCAGGCCUGUGAGGAGUUUCUCAUUCGACUCUUGGAUGUGGACAACUGUCUGGGAAUCCACGCUUUUGCUCAGCUGCACCUCUGUACCAGACUGGAGAGGGAGGCCCGUAGAAUGAUGCUGAGCAGGUUCACAGAGCUCGUGCAGCAGGAGGAGUUCAUAGAGCUGGACCAUCAGAGGAUGAGUUUGGUUUUGGCUGGCCAGAACCUCACGGUGCAGAAGGAAGAUGUGCUCAUAGAUGCUGUUGUUAAAUGGGUAACCCAUGACUUUGAUAAUCGGGUUCAUCAUGCUGUAGACUUGCUGCACUCCAUCCACCUGGACUUGGAUGAGAUUUAUUUUAAGGCUACUUUGGAGGUGCGCAGGCAAUGCUUGCUGCGGAAUGAGGACACAUUUAAGUCUAUAAUAAAUAAGGCUUUAAGGUCUAAAGGGAAGGAGAUGUCCGAGAGUAGAAAAAUGUCUUCCAGCAUGUAUAUCAUCGGUGGAUACUACUGGCACCCUCUUUGUGAGGUCCACAUCUGGGAUCCAGUCAGUAACACAUGGGUGCAAGGAAAGGAUAUGCCCGACCAUGCAAGAGAGAGUUACAGCAUUAGUUCACUUGGAGCAAAUAUAUAUGUGACUGGAGGUUACAGAACAAACACAGUUGAGGCCCUGGAUACUGUUUCGAUUUAUAACUGUGACUAUGAUGAAUGGACUGAAGGCUGCUCCAUGCUAACAGCGAGGUACUACCAUUGUUCUGUGGCUUUGCACGGCUGUAUUUACGCCAUCGGAGGCUACAGAGGAGGAGCCCCAGAGCGAGAGACUGAGUUUUAUGACCCUUUGAAAAAGAGAUGGUUUCCUGUGGCCAAAAUGAUCCAAGGUGUAGGAAACGCCACCGCCUGUGUAGUCGGGGAUAAAAUCUAUGUGAGUGGAGGCCAUUAUGGGUACAGAGGGAGCUCCACCUGUGAAAAAAUCCAGGUGUACAAGCCAGAUGUCAAUGAGUGGAGUAUCAUUACAAUAAGUCCACAUCCAGAGUAUGGGCUGUGCUCUGUAUCUCUCGACAACAAGCUUUAUUUGGUGGGUGGACAGACGACGAUUGCAGACUGCUACGACACAGAGAGAGACGAGUGGAGACCAAUAUCAGUGAUGAAGGAGAGGAGGAUGGAGUGUGGGGCUGUGGUGAUAAAUGGAUGUAUUUAUGUAACAGGGGGAUACUCCUAUUCAAAGGGGACUUACUUGCAGAGCAUUGAGAAGUAUGACCCUGAGCUGGACUCGUGGGAGAUUGUGGGGACUCUUCCCAGCCCAACCAGAUCCCAUGGAUGUGUUUGUGUUCACAGUGUUUAAUGUCAGGCCUAUAUCACACAUCAGUUAUUUUGUGCCAAAUUAAUGCAAAUGUGCACUCUAUUCUGUUAGAGUGUGCAGCUGUCAGGUAACUGUCAGGUAAGAUGCCAAGCUAUAGUGUUUAUGCUGGAUAAAUGUCUUUGGAGAACUAUACAUUUGCCAAACUUAGCAUAAGAACAACUGUGUAACAUACACUCAGGGACUACUAAUAUUUUACUAAACAUUUUGGGGUUAUUUCUGCCCUUAUCAAUUGACAGCAAGACAGAAAAGACAAACACCAUGAUUAUGUUUGACUCUCAUACCAAUGAUGCACCAGGACACGUCAAAGCUUAUAUUCUUUCUGAAGCUCCAGCACCAGACUAUUAAUAAAAUGCAACUGCGAUAAGA